AAACGGACGGAUCCUCCAUUAUUUCUUGAAAGGUUAAAGAUGUAUAAGGACAAUAUUAGUAUAACAAUAAAAGACCUGAAACUCCAGGAUUCUGGAAGAUUCUCUAUUGUUGCAAUAGCAAAAUCAGGUCAACUUCCAACAAAAGUCUUUGUGCUGCACGUUCAUGAUCUCAUCAGAGAUGUCCAGAUCGAGGUCAAUGAUUCCUGGCUGGAGUCAAAAAACAUUUGUGUGUUUCAUCUUCGGUGUCUGGCGUCCGGCGAUCUGAGUCCCUCCUACAGCUGGAGUGGAGAUCCGGUCCAGACCGGACAGAACCGGAGCAUCAGCAUCCGUCCAGCAGAGAGCGCUACUCUCUCCUGCACCGCCAACAACACCGUCAGCAUCAAGCGCACUAACCGGACUGUAGUGUGCACAGAGAAGGGUCCAAGUGCGUCAUCGGGUACAGGGUUUGAUCUGAAGUAUCUGCUGAUCGCAGUGGGCGUCGGUGUCGUCGCUGUCGUCAUACUCGGGGGAAGCCUGGCCGUGUACUGCAAGUGGAGGAGGCGUACAGGACAAGAUGAGAGUCAAACUGGGAUUACGGUCUAUGAAGACGUGAACACUGAUGGCGUUGCGAAGAAACGCCCUGAAAGUGUUAAAGGGAUGUCCAUUUAUGAAACUGUGGACGACCUGAAACUCACACAAAACAUGCCUCAAACCCUGUAUGACAAAAUCAACUUCCAGCGUCACCCUGCGGCCGGAGCCGGCGCCGCCACUUCCUCGUCUUACCAGGAAGUGCUGUGAGACAGACAGACAGACGGACGGUUCCUGUGUUUCUUCACCUCUGCACCGGUUCACCUUUGGCCUUGCAUUAA